CACACGCUCUCUCUCCCCCUAUCUAUCUCCCUUUUUCUUUCCACAAGGUCCUCAUCUCCCCACUCCUCCAAUGGCUUCCUCUCUCCCUCUCUCUCUCCUCCAAAUUGCAUGCAUUUCCCUCCUAUGUGCUCUGCUAAUCUCACCCGCCGCACAAGCAGCCACCUGCACCUCACAGACAUUCAAAAACAACAAGCUCUACUCCAACUGCACAGACCUCCCCGUUCUCAGUUCCUACCUCCACUGGACGUACGACCCCUCCAACUCCUCCCUCUCCGUUGUCUUCGUCGCCGCCGCCCCCAAGCCCGAUGGCUGGGUCGCCUGGGCCAUCAACCCCACGUCCGAAAAAAUGGCCGGGGCCCAGACCCUACUGGCCCACAAAACAACCGACGGUACCCCAACUGUCAAAACCUACAACAUCAGCACCUACACCUCCAUCGUCCCCGGAAAGCUCUCGUUCGACGUCUGGGACGUCAGCGCCGAGUUCUCCAACGGUACGUACAAGAUAUUCGCCACCGUCAAGGUCCCCAAAAACGCGGAGUCCGUCAACCAGGUCUGGCAGGUGGGUCCCGGCGUCGACAAAACCACUGGUUUCCCACAAAAGCAUGAGUUCGUCGGCUCUAAUCUCGUGUCCUUUGGCACUUUGCACUUGGUUGCUAAUGCCACUACUGGCACCACUAACUCCACUACCGGCACUACCAACUCCACAACGGGCGGUGCCUCCACGACUAACACCACUGGUGGCAGUGGUAGUGGUGGGGCUUUGAGGAUUGGGAGUGGAGGAAACAUGGGUUUGUUUUCCAUUUCGCUUUUGGUUCUUGGAGCUCUCAUUGUUUUCUAAAAUUUGGUAAUUUUGGGUUUACUUUUUCGUUCUGAAUAUUAAUGUGAUUGAAAUCAUUGAUGUUGAUCAAUCGAAGUGGAGAUGGAGGUUAAUUUGAGCAUUUUUUUAGGUGGAAGAAUAUCUUAUUGUUAUACAUGAUAUUGUGAAAUCCCACAUUGAUUUAAUUA